GCGCUGGGGCGAGGGGCUGCCCGCGGCUCCGGGGCCACACAAAGCGGAGGGCAGUGGCGCCUUUCCCGCCACCCGUCAGGCGGCAGCCGCCCCCCCGCCUCCUGCCCCUCGCCCGGCUCCGGGCGGGCCGGGAGGUACCGGGGCAGCCCCGCGGGUGCUGACGAUGGAGCCGCCGCCGGUGCCGCCGCCUCAGGAGCUGCCGCCGCGCCCUCGCUCCCACACGGUCACCACCACCAGCAGCUCCUUCACCGCCAACCUGUCGGCCAGCUCCAGCACCCUCGCCUACGACAAGGAGUUCCUGCGGACCUUGCCCGGGCUCCUCAUGGUGACCGAGAUCGUGUUGGGACUGCUGGUGUGGACGCUGAUUGCUGGAACAGAAUACUUCCUCUAUCCAGCCUUUGGCUGGGUGAUGUUUGUAGCUGUGUUUUACUGGGUUCUCACCAUCUUCUUUCUGAUCAUCUACAUGACAAUGACCUACACCAGGAUCCCCCAGGUGCCAUGGACCACAGUGGGCCUAUGUUUUAAUGGAAGUGCCUUCAUUUUGUACCUCAUUGCUGCCAUUGUAGAUGCAUCUUCAGUUACCAAAGAACUGGACAGUCACAAUUACAACAGCUGGGCAGCUUCUUCAUUCUUUGCCUUCGUGGUUACCUCCUGCUAUGCUGGAAAUACGUAUUUUAGUUUUAUAUCUUGGCGAUCACGAACUUUGCAGUAAAUAUUUUGCUAAAAUGAAUGCUGUAGUAUAAAAUACCUUGAGGAUUGUACUCAUUUGACAAAAGCUUGGAAAGAGGCAUGAAGUCUUUCUGAACAUUUGUUAGAAUUGACAGUAUAUUUUAAGCUGAAAGUAAAAUGAUUAUUUAUAACACCAUAUCAUCUUUAGAGACAUUUAACACCAACUUUGUACUGUAUAAUAAAAUGUCAUACUGGUUCUUUUAAAAAUAACACGGUAUUUUUUCUAGAUAUUGUGUAGUGUUGUUACUAAAGCUUUAAUAAAUCUUACUCAGUGUGCCAAUUUUGUAAAUGUAACUUUUUAAUGUUACCUGUAUAUACUUUUGAUACUGAAUACUACAAAUCAAAA